AACUGGAAAUUCGUGUCAGUUUCAUAAUCAAGUUUUCAUUGCGAUUGGAGUUUUGUUCAUGUGUGCGUCUUUUUGAGCUUUGAAACACAAUGGACUACAUGGAACAAAUGGAUGAAGAUCAGCUCAUUGACUUUGUUAUUCAAAUGAGCCUCCAAGAUGCUCACAGUCUCUCUGUUUUGAACGAACCGCUAAGCACUUUAGAAACAGCCAGCGAUGAAAACCUCAAGAUUUUAUCUGCUAUAGAUCAAGGUGAUGUGUUUGCACUGAGGCAACUGCAAAAAUACAGUGAUGCCUAUAAGGAAGAAGACAGCAAAGGUUGGCUUCCGAUGCACAGAGCGUCAGUCCAGCCGGAUGCCCAUGUGUUGGACAACGUCCUCCUGGCAUCCUAUGAGCGGAGCAUGGAGGAGAUGACGGCCGACGGAGACACCGCUUUGACUCUGGCUUGUCAAGCAGGACAUGUGGAGAACGUGAAGGUUCUUCUCCAACGCGGAGCAUCUCCACACAACAUGAACCGCAGGAAUGAGACUCCACUUCUCCUGGCUGUGAGGGCAAACUCGUAUGAUAUGGUUCAUGCACUGAUAAUGGGAGGCGCCUCCGUGCAGCAGGUUUGUUUGAAGAAAUGGACGGUCACCCAUGAGGCUGCUAAAGUGGGUUGCAUGGACAUCCUGAUGCUGCUGCUGAGACACAGGGGGAAGGCCAUGGGACGGGAUGGUCAUGGGGUCACACCGUUGGGCAUCGCCGCAGAGUACGGCCAUCCGGAAAUACUGGAAAUCCUUAUCGAACAUGGGGGCGACGUCACAGCACAAGCUACAAAUGGAGACAGUGUGUUAUAUGACGCUGCAGGCUGUGGGAACCUGGACUGCAUUGAUCUACUCUUACAACAUGGUGCCAGUCCUAAUGUAGCCAGUCUUUGCUGUCAACUGCCGAUUCACCGCGCAGCCUACGAGGGGCACUACCUGGCUCUGAAGAGAUUCAUUCUCAUCACCACUAAGAAGGCCAUCCGUCUGUCUGGGAUGAGUCCGGUUCAUUCUGCGGCGGACGGAGGCCAGGCUGACUGUCUCGAGCUGCUCAUCGAGAAAGGCUUUGACGUCAAUCCAAUCCUGGGCUGCCAUAUUUCCGAAAACUACGGUGACAUGAGGAAGACCCCGCUGUACUUCGCCAUCUGCAAUGGAGACGUCACGUGCGCCGAGAUGCUUCUGAAAGCAGGUGCGAAGCCCGACCUGGACCCGCUGCGCUGCCUCCUGGUGGCGGUCAGAGCUGGGAAGUACGAGCUGGUGCGGCUGCUUCUCGCCUAUGGGGCAGACGUCAACUGCGUCUUCUCCGUCGUCAGCAACACCGUAUUUCCUACGGCACUGCAGUACUGCAUCAAAGAUGAAAUGAUGCUGCGCCUGCUCCUUAACAACGGUUACCAUGCAGAAAGCUGCUUUGAGUGUUACCACGACAACUGUGUAACAACAUAUACGUGGACAGAGGCUCCUAGCCAGUCAUACCAAAUCAAGAAUGCAACGAAUAAAGUAACCUUUGGUGAGUUUAUUAGCGUGGCAUGGAUGGCACACUUGGCAGGGAGGGUGGUGCUGACACUCCUAGAUUACGUGAAUCAUGUGCACAUAUGUUCUAAACUGCAACUUAUUCUGGAGAGGCAGGAGGAGUGGCCCGAUAUCUGUGACAUCCUUAGGAAGCCACGCCCUCUGAAACACCAGGCCAGGUUGGUUAUCAGGAGACGUAUGACACUGACAAAACUGAAUGACCCAGAGUUCAUGAGCACCGUUCCUUUCCCCCCGGCACUGAAGAACUUCCUGCUCUACAAAGAAUAUGAUGUUUAUGGUCGAAUGGAUGAACAGUAGAUAUAUGUAUCUACACUCCAAAAAAAGAUGGUUCUUUAAAGGUUCUUUACAUGCAGCAAUGG